AUGGAUGCUUUCUGGUCUGCUCCGCCAGUUUCCAGGACUCUAACUGCACUGACUUUCGUUCAGUCUGCGCUAGUAUACGGUGGCCUGCUUAGCGGUUAUCGCAUCAUCUUCAGCCUGGAUUCAAUUCUGAAAUUUCCUCCGGAACUAUGGAGACUCGCUACUCCUUUUUUCCUCACAGGACCCCAACUCAACUUCCUGUUUGAUCUGUACUUCAUAUAUACCUAUGCAAGCGCCCUAGAGACAGGCUCACCACGUUUCAUCCUUCCAGGCGAUUUUUUCGUCUAUGUGCUCUUUGUGGGCACAGUGAUUAUGGUAAGUAGCAGCAUUCGCUACGCCUCUUCCGCCACAAAAGCACAUGCCAUGUCUUCACAUUACACAUUCGAAGUGGAUAAAAAGAGAAAUAAAGAGUUUGCAUCUCCUAUCUAUGUCAAUCCUAGGAGUUGUACUAACUCAACAAAGCUCACUGCAGGCUGUCUGCUUGGCAGGUUGAUAUUUACUUCUGCUUUAAUUCUUGCCUUUAUCUAUACAUGGGCACAAGACAACCGUGGCAGAAAAGUCAUGUUUUUUGUAAUCCAGAUCCCGGCUGAGUGGUUACCUUUCGCUAUGCUUGCUGUCACCUUGGUGAUGCAUGGAUGGGGAAGUGUGAUGAGUCAGGGCACGGGUAUCCUUGCUGCGCAUUUAUAUGACUUUCUAACACGUAUCUAUCCAACCUUUGGUGGUGGAAGAAAUUACAUCACCACACCUGCCUUUAUUCAGAGGAUAUUCGAUGGUCACCGUGCCACUUCUCGCACUUAUGGCACAGCCUAUCGCCCAGGACAACAGUCGACACAGGGCUCUUCAAGUGGUUGGAGCUCUUCUUUCGGAAGCUCAUGGAGUAGUAGAGGUCCUGGCAGACGGUUGGGUGGCGACUGA